UUCUUGGUGAGUUCCAGUGUCUUCCUGUUGAUGAUUGUUCAGCAGGUAGCUGUGAUUCCUGUGUUCUCACAUGAGCGAGUGAGAGCAUGUCCUUCUUCUCCACCAUCUUUAACCAAUCUCACAGUUCCCCUUUUAAUUGGCCCUUUCCUCUGUCAUUCUGCUUCUAGAAUACUAAGACCACUCUGAUGUGUCAUUAGCCAAGAACAUUUUCUCUGUUAAAGCCUUGUCAACUAACACUUCAAAGCAAGAGUUUAAGGCAUUAAUAUUUUCAGGAGUAAUUGCAUUUUAUUAGGGGGAUGUUUGAAAAGGAAUAAAUCUUUAUAACUCAAAGUAGCAAUGUAUAAUGGAGGGGAUUUUAGGUGAUGACCUAUAAGUGCUAUUUGGAAAGUUCUUUUUAAGGUGUAUAUUUGGAAAAAUACUUUCUUUUCACAGCUUAUCACAGCAGAUAAGUCGAUGCCAACUUAAUUGAACCAAUCUCUCCCUUCUCUGAAUUAAGGCUUCUUCAUAUAAUCUGCCUCUGCCUAUUAUUUUCUUAAAAUCUGUGAUGAUCCAAAAGCUGAAUCCAAUGGGUACUUGUUAGCACCCAUCCAAUUUGACACCUCCUUGCUAAUCUUUCCCUUAUGAAACUGCCUUUCCUUGGUUUCAACGUGUUCUUCUCUUGAUUCCCUUUCCCCAUCUCCCAAUACUUCUUUUUUUCCAUUUUCUCGAGCUUUUUCUCUUCUUCUCACACAGUAUUGUUGAUACUUCUCAUAUAUAAGCAAGCCUCUUUUGUAUUAGUUAUGGAGUUUCUCCUUUUUAUUUCCUCCACUCUUUUGUCUUUAGCUAUUAUCUCAAUGCCUACCACUCCCUCAUUAUCUCCUACUUGAAUCUUCUCUUGCAUUUUCUAUCUCAGUUAGUGACAUCACCAUUUAUUCAACAACCUUCCACUCCUAAACCUGCCUGAUAACUCAUUUAUCCUUGAACUCUCACUUCCACAUCCAGUUGACUGGAUGUUGCUGGUUCUCCUAAAAUUAAUUCAACAACUUCUCUCAAUCCUCAUUUCUUUCCCCUGCCCCCAAGGGCCACAUUUAUUUUUUAUUGGAGUAUAAUUGCUUUACAGUGUUGUGUUAAUUUCUGCCACACAGCGAAGUGAAUGAGCCAUAUGCAUACACACAUCCCCUCCCUCUUGGACCUCCCCCCCAUUCCACCCAACUAGGCCAACACAGAGCACUGCACUGAGCUCCGUGUGCUAUACAGCAGGUUCCCACUAGCUAUCUCUUUUACACAUGGUAGUGUACUUUUGUCAAACCUAAUCUCCCAAUUCAUCCCACCCUCCCAUUUCCCCACUGUUUCCACACGUUAUCUUUUAGUUUAAACCUUCACCUCCCCUAAUCUAUCUUAUUGCAAAAACCUACUAAAUAUAGGCAAAGUGCCUCAGUUGUUCUCUUUCAACAAUGAUGCUUUUGUCACAGUGCUGCCAGAUGUGAUCAUUUGCUUCUUCAUUUAAAGUUAUGAUGGCUUCCUAUGCUUAUGAGACAAAGCAGGUUUUUCAUUCAUUCAUUCAAUUAAUAUAGUGAAUACCUACCAUGAGGCUGACACUGAAUAAAUAUUGGUGAAUGAAGUAUAAUAUUCUCUAUGUUUUUCCUCUACUUAAUAAUCUAAUUCUAAUGUAAUUCUAUGGAUUAACUUUUUUCUUCCCAACACACCCUCCCCCCAUGUCUAUAUCUCCCACUGGUUCAUUCUUUAAAAGGUAUUCUGUACUCCAGCUAUUCAGAUAUAUUAUACAUCCUGCUAAGAUAUCAUGCUAUAUUAUCCUGGUGACUUCUGCUUGUUGAGGGACAAUUCUCCAUGGAUCACUUACAUUUUUGCAUUUCUUCUGAGCAGAGGCACUCACUGCCUUUCUUCUGGAUUAUCUUUUCCAGGAUGUUUGUAUGGCAAGCAGUCUUGGAAGACUGGAUAGUGUCUUCCUCUGGAGCAAAGGGCCGGCAUGUUUAUUGCCUGUUGUAAAAAAAAGUUGGGCUCCAUAAGCUUGGGGUUUCUCCCCUGUAAUGCAGCCCACUGUAUGUGCAAGUGUUACCUGGCCCUUGUUGGGUCACCCGUGGGAACUGGGACCCAGGCAUUGGUAUAAGAAAGUGCUAACAGUCUGGCUAUGAUAGCUGUGAGUAGUAAAGAUCUUUCUGUUUGAUUAAGGAAUUUCACGUUUUUUGCCAGCUUCUAUGAAACUGUUGCAAGAUAAUUUGUUAGUUUGCUAAUAGGAUAAAAUCUCAACACUUCACAGUUCUUGACACUAUUCAUCUUUCAAGAUCCAGCUUAAAUAUUUCCUCUUUGAUGAAAACUGUGCUGAUUCUUCCAGGAAAACAUUUUUGCAGAUCUGUGAUUUUCCAGAGCAUUGCCCUUUAGAGUAAUUGACACACCAUGUUGUGACUAUGCUUUCCAAGUCUGUCUCCUUGAUAGAUUAAUAGCCCUUUAGAAUCAGGUACUAAGUCCCAGUUACCUGCAUCUAUGGAAUGCAUAUUAAUAUAUUCAGUAAAUACUGAUGAAUCAAUGGAUAUAAUUUUCUUUCUUUUCCUGAUUUCAUCCUAGCCAUUCUCAUCUUCUUUCUAAUAUCUGAGGUAUUGGGGAACUUAUUGAAAUUUUCCUUUCAAAGCAACAUCCUCCUACUUUCAUUAUGUAACCACUGGAAAAGAUGACUUCUAUACCCUCUAGCCCAAUAGAAAUUUCCCCACUCUAGAAAUGUGUGCUUGUUUGAAUUGCUUCUCCAGUUGUGAUAUAAGGCCAAUUUCCCAAGAAUAGAGAAAAUAACUUCUUAUUGAACAUCCUUGGUUCCAAUACUUUAUAUAAAAGUGGCUUUAUCUUAUUGUGUAUUUCCUUGUACCUAAUUGAUACUCUUUUGUUAAAAUGUUUGCAUUUUUCUUUUUAAACCUUAAGAUGUUAUAAACCACAGCUUGACAUUAACUGAAUGUCUUCUUGACUCUUAUUCGUGAUCUGGGGCAUCACAUUGUCAUCAGGCUGUUUAGUUGAAACUGUUAGUAACUAUUCUGUGAGUUUUCCCCCAUCUAGUCUUCUAUUAUUCAGGCAACAUUUUCUACAGUACCGGUUUUUACCUAAUUAUCUUUUAGAAUUUGCCAUAAAAAGAGUCAGAAAACCAUAUGUAGGAGAAUGGUGGACAGGGCAAUGGAAAGAAACAAGUUUGAGUAUUAGUCAUGAUAGUACAAGCCUAUGCUUCGUAGCACACAAACCACCAAAUAUCACUGGCUUGACUCAGUGGGUCCAGGUGACUCUCCAGGAAAACUUAUCUUCCAUACAGUAACUUGACAUUUGAACCUACUUAGAUCUUGAGGCUCUCUUUUCUCCUCAUCUUAGUAGAAUGUAUCAACAGGGGAAGAGUGAAUGGAGAGUUCAUAACUUCUUCAAAUCCCACUGGCCAGAGGUAAUCACAGGGCCCCAUCAAACUACAAAGGCAGAGAAUACUGGUAAUCAUUACUAAUGAGAACAGAAGUAAAUUUAUCUAAAUUUUGAGAGAAAGGGUUCAAUCAUGUGAAAGUACAUCAAGUUUGAGAGGAAAUGAAUAUUAACUAGGUACCUACUGCAGAAGUCCCCCAAUUUUUUUUGAUUUAUGACAUCCUCAGAAUUCCUAGACCAAAGUAAAUAACUGUACUGUUGAUUUGAGUGGUUAGGUCCAAACAACUUAAAAUGUAUUUAUAUACUAACAACUUAGUAGUUUUUUGAGAAAAAAAUAAUACACAUAGUUGAAGGAAAAAAAUUUUUAGUUUUAACCAAGUCACUUACCAACAACAUGUGUGGGCCUCUUGGGCACUGCGUACCUCUCAGACAUUGAAAUAGAUUGGAUACCACUACCUUCAUUUCCUGUUCUACAUUGAUUUUCAUGCUUAUUUGCUUUUUGUCCAGCAACCAACAAAACUCAGCUUCACAAAGAUAUGAUGUCACUGAAAGGAAUGUAGUAUGAUCUAAUGUUGAAACUGUGAACUACCUGGAGCUAGUAGUUCACACAGUGGCUGACAGAUUUCAAAUAUUGCUGUAGUUUCCUUGAAAAUUUAAAAUAUCCCAUACUGCCUCUAUAAAUGUGCUGCAGUCCCCAGGGGUGCCUCAGUACACAGUUUGGGAACCAUGGGCCUAUUGUCCUAGGUACUAUAUAUAGAUCACUUACUCCUCACAAUAGUUUGGAAGGUAGAUGUUAUUAUUGCCAAGUUAAACGAGAAAACUAAGAUCUGAAAAGGGCAUGAAUUUACCCCAAACCUCCUACUUAGUAAUUAGCAGAGCAGAGGCUUGAACCCAACCCUUCUGGCUCCAUACCCCAUUGCAUCAUGCCGUGUGUCAUGGGAUUUGCAGGAUUAAGGUUUUCACAGCUUCCUCUCCCCAUGACCUUCCCUGAGUUUCAAGCAACAUUGAAAUGACUAUUUUUUAAACAUGUGGAAGUGCUUGAAGCUCAUGGAAAUGAUUUUAAGUCAUGUCUACAUUUUUAGUUUUAAGGCACACCUGCUAGAAAAUAAAUUCUCUUGAGCAGAGAUUAAAGAACUUUAAAAUGGUCUUAAUAUAGCCCAAGGAAGAUUGUUUAAGCUUUGAAAUCAAGACAGUACAUUUCUAGUUAACUUGUAAUUAUUUACUGCUAAUUUUUAAUAUGACAUUCAGUAUGGACCACAUAUCACUUUUUUUCUAGCUGUCAGGACAGUCCCUAAACUAAACCUUCUUCACCAGCUGUUGCCUAAUUUAAUAUGGUCCAUUUUGGAAUUUUUCCAACUCUGCCUGCACAUAAUUUCUAAGUCUCAACAGACCUGUGCAAAAAUGAACCAUAACUAUAAUCUUUCAUGUUACUCAUAGUUCUAUUUAAUUAUCUGAAAUACUACCUGAUAAAUAGUGCAAUCAGAAGAAUUCCAGUUUAACAGUAACUACUUCCACAUCACUUUUUUGCUGUCAUCUAAUUUGAAACAGGUUUUGGAUUACUGCCUCUAAGUUAUGUAAACUACUAAUCAAUGAUUAAUUUAAGAAUCUUCAGGCUGCUGCCUUUUUUCUUUUUUUAUGUGGUUCCUAAGUGUCAAUAAAUUCAGGCCUAGUCAAAUAAAAUUUUUUUCUUCUGUAGACUUUUAGACCUUUAUUUUCUACUGAGUUUGUUGAGGAGACAAAAGAUAGAUGGUUAGAACCAAAAAGAGUAAAUCUAUACAACAGAAAAUUGUUUUCAAAGCAAAUGUCUCCUAAUAUAGAAUUAAAAGUACAUUUGUAUUAAAUGCCUCUGACACAGAUUAUGGUUCAGAGAAUUAUCUGAAGGUAAGUGGAAAAAUUGUUCUUCAUUUAAAACAAAAUUCGUCAGUGAAUGGAAAGAGAGUGACGUUUAUCGAGUACUCUGUAAAUGCCAAGCAUUCUCAUUUAUUAUUUUGUUUGAACCUGAGCACGACAGUGGGAGGUCAUUGUUAUUACCUUCAUUUUGCAGAUGAGGAAACUGGAAGCUGAGACUUUGAGCAAAUCUCCUAAGUUUACAAAUGAAUAUUACUUAGAGCUCACAUUCAAACUCAGGAAUCUCAAGGGAUCCCAGUGAGUUGGUGAUUAUCUACAGUAUUGAAAAAAUGUUGGACUUGAUCCCAAGAGAACUAUCUUUAGUGUUUCCACGGUGGAAAAGCUAUGAACCUCUACUGGACUGGGAAAUUACAUUACUUAGAGAAUGCAGAGCGCAAGAAUGCUGGAGACCUUGCUAACGUGAUCUUCUCUAAGGCUACAGCAAUUGGUCAAGAAAAAGGAAGGAACCCGUCUCAAGCCCAAAACACCGGGACUCCCCUAGACACACUUGACGCAGAAAUAUUCCAAUCAAGAUCGAAGACUGCCAUCAUGUCCUGCAUCGCCAGGACCUUCGCCAGGACCUUGCUUCAGACGUAAACAAGGAAUGAUGUGGCUAGCACAGAGGCAUCAGGAGUACUCAGGACACUUCUGUGCUCUGAAAUGCACCCUGCACUGCAGCAAUAUGAAAGGAAAAAUGAAACAGUUUGGAGAGAUGGAUAAUAACAAACUGGGGAACAAGCUAGAAGGUCAAAUAUCCAAUAUGGAGAUUGUGCCAACUCCCAAGUAUUUCCAUCCCAAGUAAAUAUUAUGGAACUGGGGAAAUGAUCACCAGGUGCACCUGUGAUCCCAGGCCUCCGCAGCAGUGGCUCCCUGGCUUCCUGUAAGUCCCUGUGCAAAUGAGAUACCUCAUCAGUGUGGCCUUUUCCGUAGACGUAGCAUCUAUGACUCCUGGUUCACUGCAUUUAUGGUUCUAACUGAUCCAAUGUGUGCAGACAAUUCAACUUACAGCAGCUCCAGCUCUUCCUCUCUGAAUCACCUCUGGACCCCUCCUUUAUGUCUCUGAAAGGAGGAGAGUGGCAUCUGUGUGCUUAAAGGAGGUUGCCUGAGAUGACCUUAAGGUAAUGAUCUGUGUGGCUGAGGGCUGCCAAGUUGAGCCCCAGAUCAACCUUCAGAACUGUUUUGAAGACCUAAUAUGUACAGUGGCAUUACUGGUACUGAUCCCAGCCAUAUGAGCUUGAGGUUCGCUCAUUAGCCAGUCAGGAAGGGAAGACGGAGAUAAAGUGAGAGACAGCCAGAAAGAGCUGGAAUCCAUAAACACAUCCUGGAAUCCACGAAGAAGAACUGAAACCUGUGUCAUUUCCUGUUGCUUCUGACCUUGAUGGUGUGGGUAUCUGCAGAAAUCUAGGCCUUUCAUCAUGGAAUUAAACACACAUACCUGGUCCAGGAUUCAGAGGCACUGAAAGAGGAUCCAAAGAAAGGCGGAGUAGUUGCAGGCCUGGCCACUGCUUCACGGUUGAUGAGGUGAACUAGCAGGUCAUGACACUUUGGGGAAACUUUUGUAACUGGUGUUAACACUUCCUGAACAUGCUUCACCCAGCCAGAUAACAAAUGCUACAGACUGCAGAGGGCUCUCUGCUGCUGCUUCUGCUGCUGCUUCUGCUGCGGCUGUAUGGUCUGUCAUCAGUUGGAAAGGCUGCAAGGGUUUAGAAGAACCGCAGUUCUGAAGACAGAGCACUGCUAAGUAGUCUCCCUGUCAAACAAAGUAGACGAGGUUUUCUGCAGCGUUGGAAACUCACGCUUAAUACUGCCUCAUCUACCUGGAAAAGCAGGCAACGCUACAGAGGAAAAGGGGGAGAGAACCACUGUGAUAAAGGCAGGGCACUGGCAAGAAGAUGUGUUGAGAAGUGUUUCAGAGAAACCUCAAGCCACUAAAGAUGGAAAACGAGACAGUAAGUGAAUUGAACCAAACCCAGCUUCAGCCUCGAGCCGUGGUGGCCCUAGAAUACCAAGUGGUCACCAUCUUACUUGUGCUCAUUAUUUGUGGUCUGGGCAUCGUGGGCAACAUCAUGGUAGUCCUGGUGGUCAUGAGAACCAAGCACAUGAGGACGCCCACAAACUGCUACCUGGUGAGUCUAGCAGUAGCUGAUCUCAUGGUCCUGGUGGCCGCAGGCCUCCCCAACAUAACGGACAGUAUCUAUGGUUCCUGGGUUUAUGGCUACGUUGGAUGCCUCUGCAUUACUUACCUCCAGUACUUGGGCAUUAAUGCAUCCUCUUGUUCAAUCACAGCAUUUACCAUUGAGAGGUACAUAGCAAUCUGUCACCCCAUCAAAGCCCAGUUUCUCUGCACAUUUUCCAGAGCCAAAAAGAUCAUCAUCUUUGUCUGGGCUUUCACAUCCAUUUACUGUAUGCUGUGGUUCUUCUUGCUGGAUCUCAAUAUUAGCACCUAUAAAGAUGCUAUUGUGGUGUCCUGUGGCUACAAGAUCUCCAGGAAUUACUACUCACCUAUUUACCUAAUGGACUUUGGUGUCUUUUAUGUUGUUCCAAUGAUCCUGGCCACUGUCCUCUAUGGAUUCAUAGCUAGGAUCCUCUUCUUAAAUCCCAUUCCUUCAGAUCCUAAAGAAAACUCUAAGACAUGGAAAAAUGACUCAACCCAUCAGAACAAGAAUUUGAAUUCAAAGACCUCUAGUAGAUAUUUCAACAGCACAGUAUCUUCAAGGAAGCAGGUCACCAAGAUGCUGGCAGUGGUUGUCAUUCUGUUUGCCCUUUUAUGGAUGCCCUACAGAACUCUUGUGGUUGUCAACUCAUUUCUCUCCAGCCCUUUCCAAGAAAAUUGGUUCUUGCUCUUCUGCAGAAUUUGCAUUUAUCUCAACAGUGCCAUCAACCCAGUGAUUUACAAUCUCAUGUCCCAGAAAUUCCGUGCAGCCUUCAGAAAGCUCUGCAACUGUAAGCAGGAGCCGGUGGAGAAACCGGCUAACUACAGUGUGGCCCUCAAUUACAGCGUCAUCAAGGAGUCAGAUCAUGUCAGCACAGAGCUUGAUGACAUCACUGUCACUGACACUUACUUGUCUGCCACGGAAGUGUCUUUUGAUGACACCUGCUUGGCUUCUGAAAUAACCAUUAGCCAAAGUUGAUUCAUGAAGUAGAAGAAAAUGGAUGAUAAGGAAAGUGAGAAUCUGUGCAGUUAUCAACCCAAGAGAGGAAACAGCCAAUACUGGUAUGUGACGACAGAGCAGAUAAAGUCCUCGCCAGUGCUCUAACACUACUGCCCCAAGACAC